AUGCUUGAGGAUUUCUUUACUCUGACUGAGAUGAAGGAUGGCAUUUCAACUACGGCAAGAAUAGCAGAGCUGGUUUCUGAGAUCCAAAAGCUGAGAGAUGCUGCUGAUUUUAGUACAGCUGAUUUCAUAAGGCAGUGUUCAACAGCUGCAAAAACACUUGGAUCUACCAACAAUGAAGAAUGUCUUCAGCAUUUUGUUCAGCUAAAUGGUAUUGGUUAUCUCAAUCAGUGGCUUCAGGAUGCUCAAAACUGCAGCAAGGAAGUCAGCAGUUCAGCAGAAGGUUUGAUAAAUGAAAUAUUAACUGCAUUGGAGCGGCUACCAGUUGAUGAUAUACAUAAAGCUCCUUGUGGUUUAAUUCCCACUGUUCAUCAGCUACUUUCUCAUGAAAAUACAGAGAUCAGUCAAAAGGCAAGAUUACUUUGCCAGAAAUGGAGCAGUGCACCAAAUUAUGGGGAAAAUGACCGACAAAUAGAUGCAAAAGAAGCGUACCAGGCUGCUGAUCUUAAGCCCCCAGAAGCUAGCCAGGAAAUGGAAAAUAAUAAACACGGCGGAGCAAAUGAAGCUGCAACCGCAGAAGCUAAAUCAAACCAUGAUACAUUAACUUCCUCGGUUGUUCCUUUGCAGGAUCUGUCCCUUAUCAAUAAUAACACAGACAUGACAAAGCAGCCUCCAAUGCCAGCAUCCCCAAAUUCCUCGGAUGGACAUGAGGUUUUAGUGCAGGUGAACUCCUCAGUUUCAUCUCUUGCAUCUCAGGGCGGCCUACCGAAUGCGUCUGUUACCGAGGAGACUUCUUCCUCCAAUGACGUAGGUUUAGUCACCAAUUGCAAGUUGUCAGAUACUCUCAACCUAAAGAGUGACACUGGGCAUGUUACUCAAGUAAUAGGUUCGACCAUAGAUGCCAAGUGUCUUGAGAAUGUCAACUCAGAGAACUCAUUUGACAGUAUCAAAAUUGAUUUGGGGGACCAAAAUGUUUCAAGUAGCUUGGAUAUCAAAAAAGGCAAUUCCUUUGCAGCAGGUCAGUCGUGCUCUGAUAAUAAUGCAAUUGAAGCUUUGAACCAUCUUGCAAAUGCAAGCGGUAGUUUGCAAUAUUCGUCGGAGGACAGCAUGGGCAAAGAAGAAGGGCCUACAUCAUCAUCAGGUACAGAUGAUAAAGACACUGGCAGUGAAUUUUGGUUGACAAGAUCUGCGAAGAGCUUUGGGGAUUCCUCAAAGGCAGCAGAGACAAAGUUGAAUGCAGUAGAGGGAGAGAAGUCACCACCAUCGACAGAGUAUGAUGAUACUGAUGCACUGGAAGUAGCACGUCUCGUUGCAAUUGAGGUGGAGCGGGAAGUAAUUGACUACAGGGGAGACUAUUGCAGUUCUCCUGACAUUAGUUCCGAAAAUGUAGAUAGUCCUCAUGUGGAAGCAAGGCAGCACACUGAACCCCCUGUUCAUGAAUCAAAUGAGAAUAAAUCCUCCACUACGGUGGUGGAUUCAGGAAAUUCCUCGUCUCUUAAGGAGGAUGGUGUGGGCAUCACAGAUGACAGCGGUCCUAUUAAUAGCAGAAAGAACACACAGGGUGUGGAUAUGGUAGACUUUGAUCUUAAUGCAAAUCAGUACCAUGAGGAAACCGAUUAUCAUCCAAAGUCCAGUGCUAAUAAUUCUGUAAAUUUAUCAACUCCUAUAGCUGUGGCUGCUUCUAGAGGCUCACUUGUAUUUCCAGCUCGCCUCCAAUUCGAAGGUGCACUGGGGUGGAAAGGCUCUGCUGCAACCAGUGCUUUUCGGCCAGCUUCUGUUCCGCGUACUCCUGACAGAGAGAAGUCAAUGUCAGCCUCUUCACAGAAAACAAGAAAUGUGAUGUUUGACUUGAAUGUAGAUGAAAGUGAAAAUACUAUUGCUGGUGAGUCACUUUCAACAGCCUUCUGGCUUCGUUCUUCCGACAUAGCUCCCAAGGAUAUCUCUGGAGCUGAUGGUGCUAGUACGGGGCUUGAACUUGACCUUAAUAACCCAUGUGAAGAGGAGGAAGCUGCUACCACCUCACCUGCUGUACCAUCAUUCUGGAGUCAUGAACAAUGUCAUGGCAGAUGGAGCCAGCCCUCUUCCUCUUCAUCUUCAAGGCAACCUACUGCAAAGAACUUUGACUUGAAUGACAAUGUAUCCUUCUUUGAUGCCUCUUCCCGAGGCAAGGGGGAGUCCUAUGUCAAGACUUCCACGAACAAUACAUCAGACCAUUCUGAAGUCAUGAUUAUGGGCAAGAGAGUUGCACUUGGACAGAAGGAGCACCGCAGCCCAAACCAGUAUAACUUUCUGGGGCCAAGUAUGGAAUCUAGUCUCCUUGUGAGGUCAACGCAGUCAUAUGCACACACGCCUCCUGAUUUCAGUGUUUUCGGCUAUCCUUCUCAACCUGCUGCCAUGCCUUUGCCUCCUCCUCUCUAUGCACCUGGAGGUGCUCCUUACAUGGUUGAUGCUAGGGGUGCAGCAGUGGUGCCUCCAUUGCCGGGCCUAGGUGUUGGCAUUUCUCAUCCAUCUUUCACCAGCAGAACAAUUCAACCUGUGCCUAGUGAAUUUGGCUACAUGAAUGCAAGCAUGGAUUUCAACUAUGCUCUCUCAUCUGAAGGCGCACGAAGGGAAGCUGGCGGCUAUUGGCCUGUGCCAUUCCAAGGUCAUACCGUCUUUCUUGAUGAACGUAUGAGAAGUACAUCACAAGGUGGCAGCUCUGGUACUGGGUUGGUAUCGAAGCGGAAAGAACCUGACUCAGAACUUCUUUUUGUUAACCUAAUAUAG